CAUAUGCUUUUUCUUCGUGUAUCAUUUAUUCAAGGUUCGCUCUCUAUGCACAACCGCCUUCCCAAAGUAACCCCACUCGCAAAUACCUCUCUGAUUUUCCCCACACCGGAUUACACAACUAACGCAUCGUACUCGAGAAUGAUAUCGUUCUCGCUAAAGUACUUGAUCGCCUUCUUCUGUUCCCUUGGAAAACCAAUUCGAUACGUUUCUUCUGAAAAACUAAGACGCUUCCUCAUGCUUGGGUCCAGAACCAGGCUUAAGCAAUGUUCGCUCGUCCCUGCCGGCAUACCAGCACCUGACGAAUGUCAGGUACAACGAAUGAACUUCCAUCCCAUAGGACUACCUCGUCAAUCUACAGACAAUAGGAGAGAGAAUUCGAGUAAAGAUGAUCCAAUGGGACGGAAGCCCAGCAGCACAAUAUAUGAAAAGUUUUAUAUCAAUAUCUUUGACGCAGAUAUCUUGAUGCUACAAGACUUACGCGGGACAAAUGUUUCUAUUCCAUCUAUGAAUCCAUACGUGUCUCCUGUGGCUGACACGAUAUAUGAAGCGUUAGGCUGCCUACAUCGGUGCUCAUCUUCGUGUCUGAGACGGUCAAUUCAAACAACGAAGCACCGAUAAUGCAAGAACACUCUGGUGGAAACUCGUGCACCUUGCUUGUAUGCGGGCUAGAUCUCGAAGAAGUCCUGGCGCUUCAAGUUAAACGGCAGCUCACCCCAUGCGACGAGGACUUCAAUCCGCCGCUGGUUCAACUGGAUACCAAGUCUCAUCUGCCUUUGCCUCCUCUGCUGCAUACGUUCAAAGCCAAGAUCCGAUGUCGUGUACCUCUGCGCACCUCAGCACCAUUGCAGCCCCUCUCUACAUCGCUAGACCUUUUUCCCGACCACGCCUUUCAAUAAAUCUGUUGGUGUGUCUGUUGGUGCUGAUGGUGGGGGUGGGGGUGGGUAUGCGUCGAUAUCUGGCGGUGGAGGCGUUGACUCGUCCAUGACGAAAGUCGAGUCCAAGUUAAAG